AUGGCCCGCAAGAAGGUGCCCCUCCGCUACAUUGGCAACUCAACACAGCGCCAUACUUAUGUGACGCGCCGCAACAGCCUGAUGAAGAAGGCGGGCGAGUUGGGCAUCCUGUGCAACACCAAGAUCUGCAUGCUGGUGUAUGAUGAGGGUGCCGCGUCGCCGGACGUUUACCCAUCCCACAUGGAGGCGGUGGCUAUCCUGAAUAGGUACAAGAACAUGCCGGACAUGUCGCGGUUCAAGAAGGAGAUCCGCAAGAGCCUCGCAGAGCGCAUAGCAAAUACCAGCGGGCAGCCGCCGAUCUUCCAGCUCCAAGCGCAAUACGUCACCGGCGGUGUCGACAUGGGGCCUCCGUCGAUGGACCAGGUGCCGCCACAGCAGGAGGGCUGGCAGCCAGAGGUCUUCCAGGCCCAGGCACCACGGGUCACGAGCAACGUCGACAUGGGGUAUCUGCCAACAUAUCAGGUUCCGCCUCAACAGCAACAAGGCUGGCAGCCACAGGUCUUUCGGCCCCAGGCGCCAUACGUCAUCGGCAAUGUCGACAUGGGGCCUCCGCAGAUGUAUCAUGUGCCGCUGCAGCAGCACGGCUGGCAGCCACCGACCUUCCAGCCCCAGGCGUCAUAUAGGUCCGAGGGGGCCAGCGCAUUGCUCUACAAUGCUAACGGUACUGGUGGCCACGACGGCGCCGGUACUAGCUCUAGCGUCGGCUUCCCCAUGGAUGAUCUGAUGCAGUUCUUCAACAAUAUGAGAUCCGGGUUGAAGUGA